AUGGAUGUGCUGAAAGAAAAUGUAAAAAAACUCAAACCUGCUGAAAGAUAUUGCUCAAUUUUAUUUGAUGAGAUGUGUUUAAGCAGUGGUCUUAAUUAUAAUUCGUCAGUCGAUAUCAUUGAAGGUUUGAUUGUUGAUUCUGGAACCCACAGGAAUCAAAACUUUGGUGACCACGUUCUAGUCUUUAUGGUUAGAGGAAUAAAGAAAAAAUUUAAACAGCCCAUAAGUUACACUUUUUGCCAAGGAGCCACAAAUCAAUAUGAACUUGUGCGUCAAUUAAAAGAGGUUAUAGGAGAAAUUCACAAAACUGGUCUUACAGUGGUUGCAACUAUCUGUGAUCAAGGCCGACCAAAUGAAGAUGAUUUCUAUGAAAUAGAAGUUAGAAGGGAAAAUGGAAAUGUUGAACGCUUACCGAUAGUUCAUCUGUUUGAUGUACCACAUCUAAUGAAAUGUACUAGGAAUAAUUUGCUUACCAAAAACCUUCAUUUUGUUACUGAAAACACACCAAAAGUUGCCAAGUGGGAUCAUUUAGUUGAAUUGUACCAAGCAGAUAGUAAGAUUGAAGAUUGUAAAAUGCUACCAAGACUGACAGAUUGUCAUGUUAUGCCUGAUAAAAUUCCGAAAAUGAAAGUCCGGUACUCAACACAGGUUUUUAGCCAAAGAGUUUCAGCAAUUAUGUCUUUUUUAGCCUCUAAAUCUGUAAUUGAUCCUGAAGCAGCACAUACGGCGGAGCUAUUUUUAUUUUUUGACAAACUUUUUGACUCCUUAAAUGGCUCUUUUCACAAAGUUAUAGAGGGUAAAAUUUACCGAACCGCUGUUACAAAAAAAUCGAUUCAACAUACGUUAUGGAAUGAUAGUAUUAAAGUGUUGUCAACUAUGAAGUUUGUGGGAAAAAAUGGAAAACCUGUUAAAGUACCUACUUUAACUAAUUGGAUAACAACCAUAAAAGGUUUUCAAACAUUAUCAAAACUUUUAGACAGUAAAGGAAUAAAAUCAUUUCUACCAAGGCAUUGUAACCAGGAUUCGUUAGAAAGUUUGUUUGGCGGUGCCAGGAGUGUCAGCUGUCAAAAUCCCACCUGCAGUAUUUUUAUUUCUUCCUACAAAACUUUACUAUUAAAUAAUCUUGUAUCAACACAUUCACCUGGAUCAAAUUGUGAAGAGUUUACGGAAAGCAGCCUAUUGACCUACAAAAAUUUAUUUUCAUUCAAUCAAGAAAAUCCAACCCAACCACUUUGUGGAAGCAAUACAUCCAGAGAUUUUGAUCUUUUAAAAGCUAGGGAAUAUAACCCGUCUAGACCAUCACUUAAAUAUCCUAAUACUAAUUUUAGAGUUUUAGUCCAUAACAUUAUUGACCUUAUUAACAAAUGUUCUAUCAGUCAUCACCCAAAUAUUAAAUCCUUUUUGGUGAAUAAAAUAAUGAUUAAUUUUGAUUUAAAUAUAUUGCAUUGUUCUAAACAUGAUCAAAAUAUUGAGGAACAAAUAGCUGGAUGUAUUGUAAAAUUAUUUUUAAACCAUUGGUGUACUGAAAUUAAUAGGAUAUUGUCAGGAAAAAUUCAAAUGAGGUACAAUGAUAAUGAUCCUAUAAAACAAUUAGCAAAUAUAUGGCGCUCUAAACACUCAAAAAAAAAAAGAUAA